AUGUCCACCUCGUUUGAUUCCGCCGAUUCCUCUCGUCCUAUGAUGGCUCCCACUACCCAAAACCGCGCCUCGGUUCGCCUCUCCAGGGCGGCCUCCAUGGCCCCCUCGGUCGCGCCUACCUUCAGCACCACCGACACCGCCGUCGCCCAGAUCGUCGACAUUGGCAAGGGGCUCGAACGUAUGGAAAACAAGGCGCUGACGCAGCAGCGCGUGCAACUGUCCGAGGAGAAGAGCGUCAACUUGCAGAAACUUGCUCUGGGCGCCAAGCUUGAGCGCGCGCUCGACCGUCGCAUGUCUGGCCAGGAUGCGGUCAUGAGGCCGCGCAAGCCAACUAUUACCGCCGCUUCAAGUGUCAUUAGCGAGAAGGAGAGGGUCGAGGCGAUCUGA